UUUUCUUCCACGGGAUUUUUGUUCGAACUGUGGUUUGAAGCCGUGGUUUCUUGUGAGGGGAUGGUGCAUUUUUAAUUUGUAUUGACCUAUAGGGCCAAACACGUUUUACAUCCACGAUGAGCACCUGCAGAGGGUCGCACCUGCCGAGGUGUGUGCUCCCCUGGGGGGCUCUGUUGUUGUUGUCCAUCCCGUUGGCCGCCGCCCUGCCGGUGAGGGGUGACUGUCCCCCAUCGUGUGUGUGCUCUGCACCCAGCGAAGUGCAUUGCACCUUCCGAUACCUGAACGCGGUACCCGCCCACAUCAAGCCAGCCGUGGAAAGAAUUAAUCUUGGAUACAACAGUAUAGCUGUCUUACGAGAGAAAUCUUUUUCGGGACUGGAUAGAUUAGAAAUACUAAUGCUGCAUAGCAACCUUAUCCACAGUAUUGAAGACAGAACAUUCCAGGACCUAAGAUCGCUACAGGCCCUGAAGAUGUCCUAUAAUAAAGUAAAGGAACUCAACAAACAGACAUUCAAAGGCCUUGAAAGUCUGCAGAGACUCCACAUGGACCACAACCACAUUGAGUUCAUAAGCCCAGAGGCUUUUUACGGCCUCACCCGUCUGCAGUUGGUCAAUCUGGAAGGCAACCGUCUGCAGCAGCUCCACCCGGACACGUUCAUCACCCUGAGACACAGCCAGGUUUUCAAGGUGUCCUCGGUUAAGACCAUCUACUUGUCUGACAACCUUCUCACCAGCUUGCCUGAAGAGAUUUUCUCAGGCUGCGGCCACUUUGAGAACCUAUUCCUCCACGGCAACAGCUGGGCGUGUGAUUGUCGAAUAACCUGGUUUGCACUGUGGACACAGAAGCACACAGGGGUGCUAAAAUGCAAGCGGGAUAGAAGGUAUCCUCGGGGCCAGCUGUGUCCUGUUUGUGAUGAUCCUUCCCGAUACCACAAGAGACAACUCUCUCUUCUACCUACUGAGGCCUUUAUUUGUACUAAACCGUGGAUCCACUCCCACAUAAAGCAGAAAAACAUCAGCUUCGACGGAGGGUAUUUUACACCAGUUUCUCCAAGGGACUUUUUAGCCCCACUCGGGUCCAUACAAUUUAACCUGACGGAUCAGUUUCACAGUGAUGCCAGCCUAUUAUGCACUGUCCAAAGGCCAUCCAAUUUUGACAACAUUUCCCUCACCUUGGAGGAGGAGGAUAAUAAUAUCACUAUGCUUACAACAAGCAUCACAACAUAUUUAGUCUGUAACAUUGACGAUGAACACAUUCAAUAUUUGUGGCAAGUCCUAGCAGCCUACAGCGAGACUCCCAUGAGACUGGAGAGAGGAGUGAUGUUGGCUAAGCGUCCUGAAAUGGUGUACAGAUAUAGUCAGAAGAUGGUUGAGGAUGAGCCACACUCAAAGAUUGACGCUGAAAUCAAAGCCCUGCCAGCAUGGUUAAUGCAAGGUGAGAUUAACCUGCAGCUUGACCGUGCUUCCACCACAUUUUCUACCCUGCACAUCAAGUACCAGUCUGUGGUCAACUUACGUAUAGAAAACACAACCCCUAAGAAGGACAGCUACUCAUGGACGAUGAUAAAGAAAGACAACCAAACCAAGACUGACCACACCGUAAUCACAGGUGGUGUGGUACAGCUUAACUGUGAAGUCCGGGGAGAGCCCAAGCCUUUGUUAGAGUGGAUUUUACCAGAUGGAAUUAAGGUUCGAGCCCCAUACGUGAGUGAGGACAGUAGGAUUCUAAUCACAGCUGAAGCAAAGCUCACUCUUCGGGGUGCAGAUGUCUCAGACACAGGCCUCUAUCACUGCAUUGCCACAAAUUACUUGGAUGCAGACAUUCUAGUUUUUAGAGUGACAGUUCUUUCUCCUGAUGUAGAUGAGGCCGAUGUCAAUGGUGUCCAGAUAUCACAGAAACUGGGGGAGGAUCUUAUUUUCGAUUGUAACACGACAGGAAGUCCUAAGGCUUCUAUACAAUGGAUAUUCCCUGACCACUCAGUACUGGAUAAGUCGCAUGGGACCAGAAAGAUGUAUGAGAAUGGCACCCUGCUGAUUGAGGGACUCACUCCAAGGGACCAAGGAUUGUAUAGGUGUUUGGUUUCUAAUAAUUUGGGAGUGGACAUUUUGGUUUUUCAAGUGACAACAAGGGAAAGCUCCAAUGUGGUGACAGGUUUUGAUGACGAGGGAUCCGGAAUUGAGAUGGAAAGUCAGGUGGGCACAACUUUGACUGAGAGCCGUAUCACGCCCACAGACAGAGCUACUGAGAAAUCAGUAGGCAUAACUUUAAAUCGACCACAUUCCAGAAAGAAAAUUCGAGGAAAAGGAGGUUCAGGGGGUCGAAUGGGACACAGGAGGAUUUCAGUUAGCAACAGACGCACAUUUGGCAGUCGGGUCUUUGAUAAAGCAACGAGGACAGUGGACCCGGCAGAAUUUGCACAUUUCAUGAAAAUUGCUCAAGAUGAAGAAAGGGAUAAGACAAGAACAGGGAGAAAGUUGAUAAAAGAGUCAAAUACUGAUUUUUUAGAUGAUGACGAAAUUGGCUCUGGCGAUGUACACAAUGACAAUCUCAUUUUGCUUACUACGGUUUUGCCAAAUUCAAAUAACCGGCAAGUAUUCCAAACGGGAAACAGACAGCCUGAAAUGACCACAAAAAAUUACAAAAAGGACAAACUAGCAACAGAUUCUGUGACAAUCCAAAUGUCUGGAUUUACACACAGUCCAGACGAAAGUAAAACAGUCACGUCCCCACAUUACCCGGUUUCACACAACACAGGCAUAUUCAGCCGUGAUGGAACUAUUGAGAAUUAUUCUUUUGAAAUACCUUCCAAACCUCAAACUCACAUAGAUUUUUCACAAGAAACUCAGCUGCAGUUCUCUGGAGAACAUCUUGCAGAUCCGGAGACAUCCAGUGAGACACCAUUUUCAUUUACGAUUGAUCCCAAUGUGACUCCGAUGAGAGAUGGCGGAGACCCCAUGGAGUAUUUUGUCCAUUCUGAUCCAAAAAGCCAGUCCACCAUCACAGCCGUCACCGCCACAAAGAGACAGGAAAAUCAAAUUACCUUCCACACGACGCAAACAAUAAGAUCCCCACCUGCGGGGUCCACUAUCAUCUCCCAGCAGCACAUUCAUAUUAUUCCAAAGAGGAAACAUAAAGGAGGGGGUCGUAGGAGAAUAUUCCAUGGUCACAGAAGAAUCUUUAAACCCAACAGAAUAACUGAUAUUCAGUCCAUUAUCAAUAAACUCAUCCAGUCAUCGGGGCAGAAUACUACAGUACCAUACAUACCUGAUCUUUCCACAGAUGAAGAACUUUCCAUUUCCACAACUCCAUUUGGGGGACAAGAGAAAGGAGGCAACACAAAAACACCUCAAAGACAAAGGAAGCCUUUAAUCACUACUGAAACAGUCACAAUUCAUCAGACUUCAACAGUAACCCUAAAUACAUCCCCUGCUACCCUGCCCCCCAAAACUGCUCAUUCCCUGACUGAACUGGAUCUACCCCCUUCCAAAGAAUCUGAGACAAAAAUUAGCAUAUUUGAAGAAGACAACCAUGAAGAGUCAUUUUCUGCAGACUUUGAGGUGCCAAAUCUGAAGCCCAGUGUCCAGCAUCCAAUUACGAUUAGCCCUACUUAUUACCGCACCACUGUUGAAACACCACAAGAACCAUUAACUCUUGCCUCACCACCGACAGUCAUUUUACCCUCAGGGAGAAAGUCUGACAAGGAAUUUGUAUAUGGCUCCGGUGGACUCCCAGAGGAUUUUUCUACAACAAGACAAGGAUCCAAUGGAAAGAAAGGCCGCCAAGGAAGAAGAAAGAGGCCCUAUAAGGGCAGUAGAACCUUAAAGAAACCUAAAACAAAUACAUUUUAUCCUACGAAAUCAACUGAGUUCCACAAGAAAGCAACAACUGGGAUAACCAUGGGAAGUACAAUCCAGGCAACUAUAGUACCCCAAAAGAGUGUCUCAAAACCCAUGUAUACACUAUCAAGGCCAAUUGACAGAACCUCAGGGUCAUCAGAGCAGGACACAUAUGCUUCCCAGGAAGUAGACUGGGACAUUUCUUAUACUCCAACCAAAACGCCGCUUAUGUCGUUUACAUCAAGGGGAUCUUACACAACAGUUCAAAAUAGAGUACAUAGUACUUAUAAACCCUCGACACACCAAAAAUAUAGUCACACAACAGCUACAGGGAAAGUCAGGCCGACAUUGAAAAGUGUUACCAAAGAAAGUGCAGGUAAAGACAUUUUUUUUGCUACAAUGACCAUGCAAAACUACACCUACACAUACAAAAGAAACAAUGUACAUCAUUCCCAUGUCAGUAUGAGACCCACUGUUGCUGGCUUAGAACCAACUACUAAGGUCACGUCAAGCAAACCCAGAAUAGUUGGUGGCAAUGCAGCCAGUUUUACAGUUUUGUCCAGCUCAGAUGCUUUCCUGCCAUGUGAGGCUGUCGGAGACCCCCUGCCGGAAAUAUCCUGGAAACGCUUCUCCUCAAGCACAGGAAACACAGUUACCAUCAAGGGGAGAAUAGGCAAGUUUGAGGUGUUGCACAAUGGCACCUUGGCAAUACAGAAUGCCAACAUCAAGGACCGUGGCCAGUACCUCUGUAUCGCUGAAAAUGAUCAUGGGUCAGAUAAACUUAUAGUCACCCUCGCUGUGGUAGCUUACCCAUCACGUAUUCUGGAACCCAAAAUGCGUGAGAUAAAAUCUCAUUCAGGUAAUACUGUGGAGAUGAAAUGUAAUGCAGAGGGUCGACCCACACCCACAAUAUCCUGGAUUCUGGCAAACCGGACACAAGUAAGGGGGCAAAACACCGCAAAUGGAAGGGUGAUGGUGACUGCUGGUGGGACUCUUGUCAUUACACAAGUGUCAGUUUUUGACAGAGGUCAUUACAAGUGCAUCGCUAGUAAUUCAGCAGGUGCUGAUACUGCUACAAUUCGCCUGCAUGUGGUAGCUGCUCCGCCAGAUAUCUUGGAGGAAAAACGUCAGCUGGUGAAAGCUCUUUUAAACCAAAACCUAUGGCUGCACUGCACAGGACAAGGCAACCCUCAGCCAAGGAUUCACUGGGUGCUGCAUGACGGUGUGGUCGUCAGUUCAAACAGAUUUGCCUGGGACAAUAGAAUAUCUGUUCAUGAGAACGGAACCCUCCAAAUAAAGGAUGUAAAUCCAAAUGAUAAGGGCAAAUAUGAAUGUAUUGCAACAAGCUCUACAGGCUCAGAGCGAAGGGUGGUGACUCUAACAGUCGAGAAAACAAAAUCUGCACCUAAAAUCGUAGCAACAUCCCAGCAAGUUACUGAAUUGUAUUUUGGGGAUCCGCUGAAACUAAACUGCUCAGCAAAGGGAGACCCUAAACCCAGGAUAAUGUGGAGGUUACCAUCUGAAGUAGUGGUGGACCAGUGGCAAGGGAUGGGCAGCAGAAUCCAAGUUCUGGAAAAUGGUACACUAAUCAUCAACUCAGUGAUUGAUAAAGACGGAGGAGACUAUCACUGUGUGGCUAAAAGUGCAACUGGUGAUGACCAACAACUGAUGAGAGUCAAGGUGUCCAUGAAACCAGCUAAAAUAGAGCAUAAGCUCUAUGGAAAGAAAAACGUUGUCUAUGGUAAUGACCUAAAGGUUGACUGUAAAGCCUCUGGGGCUCCAAAGCCAGAGAUCUCGUGGGGUCUUCCAGAUGGUACCCUUGUUAACAGUGCUCUGCAGGCAGAUUCCUUUAGUGGAGGAGGCAGAAUGCGACGCUACACUCUGUUUGACAAUGGGACACUCUACUUAAAUGAAGUCAGCAUGUCAGAGGAAGGAGACUACACCUGUAUUGCUGAGAACCAAGUAGGAAAAGAUGAGAUGCACGUACAUAUCACUGUGAUGACGGCAGCGCCAAAGCUACUCCAAAACAGUGAAACUUAUGCCAGAGUAAAGCCUGGAGGUAACAUCCGGUUUGACUGUGAAGCAGUUGGUGAACCCAAACCAAAGAUUCUGUGGAUGUUGCCUGACAAUGAUGUAAUUGCAGCAUCUAAUGAACGCUACUUAUUGCAUGUAAAUGGCUCUCUAGAUAUAAGAAAUGUAAAGCCAAUGGAUGCUGGAGAAUAUGUGUGUAUGGCUCGCAACCCUGCUGGUGAAAACAGAAAAGUCUACAAGCUAGAAAUUGAUGGUAACCCACCAGUGAUCAAUGGCUACCAUCAGAAUAGGACAGUAACAAAAGAUUUCUCCACAAAAUAUUCCAGGAAACUUAUGGACUGUAAAGCUGAAGGCAGCCCCACUCCUACAAUCACCUGGAUAAUGCCUGAUAACAUAUUUUUAAGAGCACCAUACUUCGGGGGAAGAAUUAAUGUUCAUCAUAAUGGGACAUUGGAAAUUCGUAAUGUGCGUCCUACAGAUACUGGAGAGUUCAUUUGCAUGGCCAGGAACGAUGGAGGAGAGGCGGUUUUGGUGGUACAGCUCAAGGUGACUAAUUCUCUCCGAAGGCCCAUUUUUAAGAACCCUUUCAAUGAGCGGAUAGUCUCUCCAUUGGGUAAAACCAAUGUUCUGAACUGCUCUGCUGAUGGAUACCCAAAACCUGAUAUCACCUGGGUCCUGCCUAAUGGAACACGGCGUAACUCCCACGAUGGGACUUUGGUCAUUUAUGAUGCUCGUGUUGAGGAUGCUGGAAAAUACCGCUGUGGUGCCAAGAAUAUGAUGGGCUACAUAGAAAAGUUAAUCAUUUUGGAUGUUGGGCAGAAGCCUUUCAUUCUGACAAGACCAAGGGGCAUCAUUCGCGGUAUGUUUGGGGAUCCUCUUUACCUUCACUGUCUGUCUGAUGGGAAUCCAAAACCUCGAGUCUACUGGACCCUCCCUGGGGGCCACACUCUCACCCGGCCUCAAGUCCUGGGCCGUUACAGGUUGCAAGAAAACGGUACCCUAGUUGUCCAAGAUGUCACUCUCCAUGACAGAGGAAACUAUGUCUGCAGAGCUCGGAAUGAUGCAGGGGAGACUUUGCUUACGGUACCUGUUGUUAUCAUCGCCUACCCACCACGCAUCACUACAAUGCCACCCCCUAGCUUGAGUGUAAUGGCAGGGACACCUAUCAAGCUAAACUGUGCUGCUGCUGGUUUACCGAAACCAGAGAUCACCUGGGAGUUGCCUGAUUAUUCCAUUCUGUCAACAACACAACAAGGGAGACAAAUGGGAAGUCAACUGCUUCACCCUCAGGGUACACUUAUUAUUCAAAGACUUACAGCCUUAGACUCUGGCACUUACAAGUGUCUGGCCAAGAACCAUCUGGGUACAGACCUAAAGGCUGUAUAUGUGCAUGUGCUGUAGGAGAAUAAAUCAGGGCUGAAAGACUGAUUUUAGCAGACACCUGGGUGUUCAGGGUUUAAUACCUUGUUGUAUGUGAUUUAAGAGGAUCACAGCUUACUCAAAAAUCUCUAACAAUGGUUUCCAAUGAGGAAAAAACAUUCGAACAAAGCAAUUAAAUAAAUAACGCAUCUGGGGGGCCGGAAUGUGUUGACGUAACUUAUAAGGGAACGUCUAGAAAAAUCCUACAGUAGAUGUUUCAUAUUCAUGUGGGAUCGAUCUAAAGUUAGGAGGUGAUGCUGAAAACACAUGGGUACAAUUACUGCACAUACAGUCUUGUCAACAACUUAACCUUCAACAUCAAAUGAUGAAAACACGUGUCUGAAUGUAUUGUACAAAUAUUUUAACAGCAAACUAUCAACUGUUUUCUAUUUUUUUAAUACAUACUGAGGGUAUAAUGAUUGUUUUUUACACUGGAUGCAUCUUGUUGGCUACAAUGUCAGUGAUGGAUUAUGGUUUUAAGAGGAUUCCCUUGUUUAUUGUAACACAUAUAAUUGGUUGAUACAGUUUUAGAUAAUUAUGUUCUAUUGUGUUGUACACAAUAUUUUACAGUAAUGUUAUACAUUAUGCUUAUCUGUAACAAUACAGUAUAUGUUUUAGA